AUGGGACAGAAUAACAAUGUCACAGAAUUUGUCCUCCUGGGCCUCACCCAGGAUCCUGAUGGACAAAAAGCAUUAUUUGUCUUGUUUUUACUCAUCUACAUUGUGACAAUGGUGGGCAACCUGCUCAUUGUGGUGACUGUCAUUGCCAGCCCCUCCUUGGACUCCCCCAUGUAUAUCUUCCUUGCCUAUCUGUCACUCAUGGAUGCUGUCUUUUCCACUGCUAUCUCACCCAAGCUGAUUAUAGACUUACUCUGUGAGAAGAAGAUGAUUUCCUUCCCAGCAUGCAUGGGCCAGCUCUUCAUAGAACACCUGUUUGGGGGGGCUGAGGUCUUCCUCCUGGUGGUGAUGGCCUGUGAUCGCUACAUGGCCGUCUGUAAGCCACUGCACUACUUGAGCAUCAUGAAUCGACAGGUUUGCCUCCUUCUGUUGGUGGUGGCCUGGGCAGGAGGUUUUGUACAUUCUACGAUUCAACUGGUUUUUGUUUCCCGUCUCCCCUUCUGUGGUCCCAAUGUCAUUGACCACUUCAUCUGUGAUGUGUACCCAUUACUGGGACUUGCGUGCACUGACACCACCUUUCUAGGUCUCACAGUGGUUACCAGCGGUGGAGCAAUCUGCAUGGUGGUGUUUGUGCUUCUCCUAAUCUCCUAUGGAAUCAUCCUGAACUCUCUUAAAGCUCAUAGUCUGGAAGGGAGGCGCAAAGCCCUGUCUACCUGCAGCUCCCACAUCACAGUGGUCGUCCUCAUUUUUGUUCCCUGUAUUUUUAUGUAUGCUAGACCUGUUUCCAACUUUCCCAUUGAUAAAUCUAUGACUGUAGUUUAUACCAUUGUUACUCCCAUGUUGAAUCCUUUAAUAUAUACUUUAAGAAAUGCAGAGAUGCAAAAUGCUAUGAAAAAACUGUGGCAUAAGAAGUUAACUACAGAUAGAAUAAGAAUGCUCCCAUGCUUAACGCGUUACUAA